CACCCUCUGAAAUUUUCAAUGACAGUUUUGACACAACAGCGAACAUAUAACUUUGGCAGCAGGUUGUCAUAACACAGCCUGAAAGGCAUAGACAGUAUUUCACAUAGCACUGGCUAUUUUAUCUGCACGAGGAUGAUUCGCCAGUGUUUAAAAUGCAGAGCGCCCCUGCAGUUAAGCUCGCGCAGCUACAGUGUGAUCCCGCCCCCACGCGACAGUGAGGAAAAGGAGAUGCUGGACCGAAUCCUGCGGGUGGACCAUGCGGGUGAAUAUGGCGCGAACCGAAUCUACGCCGGUCAGAUGGCAGUGUUGGGUCGAUCUAGGACUGGACCACUCAUUCAGCAAAUGUGGGAUCAAGAAAAGAAGCACCUUGAGAAAUUCAAUGAAAUUCUGGCUGAGAACAGGGUUCGCCCCACAGCACUGUUACCCCUAUGGAACAUUGCUGGGUUUGUAUUAGGUGCAUCCAGUGCACUGCUUGGCAAAGAGGGGGCUAUGGCCUGCACUGUUGCGGUGGAGGAGAGUAUUUCAGAACAUUAUAACAGCCAAAUAAGAGCUCUGAUGGAGAAGGAUCCUGAACGAUACACUGAACUCUUACAGGUAAUUAAAGAAUUUCGAGAUGAUGAGAUGGAACAUCAUGAUACAGGCCUGGAGCAUGAUGCUGAAACAGUGCCUGGAUAUUCACUGCUAAAAAAUGCAAUACAGCUAGGGUGCAAAGCUGCAAUUUAUGUUUCACAACGUAUCUAAUGUUGUACUCAUGAUUCUACACCAUUGUAAAUCAAACACAAUGUGUGUCACACUUUGUUCCUUGUUUGGCAAGAUUGAAAUCAUUCUGUAAAAUCAUUCUCUGUUAGGUGACACUGUACUACAUUAUUCAGUGUUUUAUGUGUACAAAGUUUAAGGAGUCAACCCUUUCUAAAUAAAAUGAUUGUAGAUCUCA